AUGAUCAUUAUAAAUAGGGAAGAAGACCCAGAGGAACUACCACCUCAUGGUCAUAUAACUUCACUUUCAGUCAUGAGAACAUAUAGAAGAUUAGGAAUUGCAGAAAAAUUAAUGACACAAGCUCAAAAAAAUAUGGUGGAGGUUUUUAAUGCACAGUAUGUUUCAUUACAUGUAAGAAAAAGUAAUCGAGCAGCUCUAAAUUUGUAUAAAGAUACAUUAAAAUUUGAGAUUCAUGAAAUAGAAAAGAAGUAUUAUGCAGAUGGAGAAGAUGCAUAUGCUAUGAGAAAAGAUUUGCAAACUAAUACUAGUAGUAAUAUUAUUUCAAGUAAAUCUUGA